CAAAAUGUUACAUUAUAUUUGAAAUGUCCGGGUUAUAGAUAAUUUUUGCUAGGUUUUUUAGCAAUAGUGUAAAGAAACUUGAUAAUAAUCUUUCAAAUGUUUUAUAUCUUGAAAGAAUAUUACAUCAUUUGUGGAUGGCAAAUUUCGUACUGAAAGAUAUAAGUAUUGGAUGGGAAAAGAAAUACAAAUAAAUGGGAUAUUUCAUAAUAUUAAAGAAUACGUUGUGUCACAAGAUGGUCACCGAUACGAUGAAAAAGAAAAGGCUUUUGCACUAACAAUGUACAAAACGAUGGGAAAGCGUGCAUAUACAUGUUUACGCGAAGUUUUUAGAGAUAUUCCGUCAAUUAAAACAUUGCAGUUGGCGCUACAUAGAAUACCUUUUACCACUGGAAUAAACCCUUUUAUUCUGUCACAUUUGAAGAAAAUAUCUCCAAAUAUGUCAUUGAAAAAUAAGGUGCGUAUUCUAAUGUGGGAUGAGGUUUCUAUACAACCUUCCUUCACUUAUGAUACCCGAAAGGAUAUCAUAUAUGGUUUUGAAGACUGGAGCACCAAUCGUACCGCUAAAACAGCAGAUCACGCGUUAGUUUUUAUGUUACGUGGCAUAAAUUCGGGAUGGAAAAUGCCGAUUUCGUACAGCUUUUGUAAUAAACAAACGAAAACCGCGCAGUUAUUACGUUGUAUCAAAAAACAUAUUCGUGAUAUUAAUAAAGCAGGCUUUAACAUCGUUUAACAACACUGUUUGCGAUUAAGGGUCAAGCAAUGUAACCGCAAUAAACAAGUUAAUAUUGCGCACUAACAUAAAACGAA